AUGGCGGCUUUCCCCUUCUUUUCGUUUUGUUCGGCUUUGCUUGCUAUUUCUCUGGGUAUUUUUGUUCAGUUCAAUGCCAAACAAUCCAAGCCAUACAUGGAUGAGAUUUUUCACGUCCCUCAAGCUCAGAAGUACUGCCACUAUAAGUUUCAAGACUGGGAUCCUAAGAUUACUACUUUGCCAGGAAUCUACCUUUUUUCUUUCUUGUGUUUACGCGCCCUGUCGUAUUUCCUUGGUCAAGAAUUGCAUUUGCUGUGUUCAACAUUUUUGCUGCGAAUGACUAACGUCCUGUUUUUAAUGGGCAAUGUGUGGAUUUUGAGACAGCUACUCAUCUGUAUCCAUAGUCACUGUGAUAAGAAAUCAGCUCAAGAGCAAGAGGAGGUUGGUAUAGACUUUUUUUAAUUUAGUAGGCUACAUUGCAGAAUACCCGUCCCAGUAAAUGCAGGGCUGUCAACCCCUCCCCCCCCCCAUCAUCAAAUAUUGAGAAUUGAUAGGGAAGGAAUGAUAGAUGAUGUCAUGUUGCAUGACAAAUGACGUCAUUUGGGCCAAAAAUGCUUGUUGAUUCCGAUCGACGUAUAUGGCACAUAAACAGUUCAUAUUUAGCCACAUUAUUGCUUAAAUUACAAUGGCAUAUCAGAAUUUAUGACCAAACGUUCCAUGUUAACAGUAGCUUAAACAACGCAAAAUUUUUGAAAUUUUAUGGUCAUAAAAUUGAGUCUACAAGAAAUAGCAACUUUGACUUUUUUUCGGAGAUAUCAGACUCUAAUCUGGAGUCUGGAAGAUACGGUCCAAAAUCAAAAACUUCUCCUGCAGUCGUCCGAUUUGCAUGAUAAAUUCUAGCCUGUGAACAGGCUCUCUUUUUAGGGAAAAAGUGAACAAAAAAAUCGGCAAGGGAAAGGGGGAGAGCCUGUGGACAAACCUUUGAGGCUGCUAUUCUGCCCUCUUGUAACUGCCGAUCAAAGUCGUUCUUUUCUUUGGUAAAUUGCGGGAACAUUUGAAAUAUCAAACUUUUGCUGAAUCUUGUAGGGAGAAUUCCGAAAACAUCCUUUUUUCUGCCACAGAUCAUAGGCAGUCCUUUUGUUCUUCCUUGAGCCGUGGAAUGUUAGGGAAAUUCUCAAGUGAAUUGCCCAAUACUUUUUCGAAAAGCUCAUCCGUCAAUCCACCAGAAGACGCCAUGUUAAAGAUCAGAAGACCUGUUUACAGGCGAUUAUCCAAAUUGCUUGCUACGUGCUGACCAAAAACGUGAUGUCAAUCAAAAUUGUCAACAGUCAGUGUUCUUGCCAAUAGGAGCUUGCAUCAGAAUCUGAUGCAUAGCAGAUGUCGUGGAAUGGCAGUCCCAAAGGUUUGUCUACAGGUCCUCCCACUUUUCCCUCUCCCAGUUCUCCCAGGGCGGUUUUUCAAGUAAGGCAUUAAGAGGGCCAGGUAUUCUGCAAGUGCUCUAUUCAGAGACAUUAUAGACAGCGUGAGACUUGACGUGCCAUUUAAAAUUUUCCAGUUUUUGCUACCUACAUGUAUUCCUACUUUAUGCGAUGUAAAUUUUUUUCUGACCCCUCCCUCUUGAUAUUUAUCUAAUCAUACCUUUUCUGCCUCGUCCCCAGCAGCUUGCAAUUGGUUAUUUUGGAGAUAUUUGAGUUAAUCAUUAAGGAAAGCGUUUAAGCUAUGCACUGGUUCUCUUCAUUUCCCCACUUUCGCUUCUUGCUCAUCACCAGCUCUCUGCUGUAUAAGACCAUGCUCCUUGCGAUAGUCUGUGGAAGAUGCAAAUACCUUUUGCCUUAUAAUAGACUUUAUUCAUGAUACCUGCCAUCUUUGCACGCGCAUAGGAAUGGAUGGGUUAAAAGCAAUAUCACAUGGUUUCUCAGGGGGCAAUUAGCAAGCGAUAAAAUCAGGUAAUACAAGAAAUCGCAUUUGUUUCUGUUUAUGUUAGACAACAGAAAGUUUAAGAACUUUUUAUCUUAAAGAUAAUAACAGCAAAUUAUGGUUGGACGUGAUUGCUAUUAUCUUUUUUGAAUGCAGCAGUGACUGUAGAUGUCCUCACAGCAGGCAAUAAUGAUAUGAAACUUGAACUGUAGAUUUUGCAAAUUUAAAAUUGCCUUAUCAACAAACUCAACCAAGAUUACUUUUAUUGGCAAAUUUUAACACUUGUUUGCCCCCUGAAAGACCUCCUGAAAUUGCUUUUAUCGCAAUCAGUCCUAAAGCGCAUGGAAAGAUGGUGGGUAUUGUGAAUAAGGUCUAUUAGCCAGAUGAAGGUGAAGACUAUGCGUAAGCCAAGGGGACCAUCGGGCCAGAGCUUAUCCCUGGUUACAAAACAUGAAGUGACUAGGAGUAUUUCUACCGCCCCCUACUGGAUGAGACACUUGUCCAUCUUAGGGUUACUCUCAGCAGUAUAUUUCUGAUACCCAUUUAAUGCACAUGGAUGAAGAAAAAACAAAGUGGGACAAAGUUUAAGCAUGGACCUACAGAUCCAAAGUUUGAGCUGUUACCAACUUGGGCACCUUGCCUUCACACAUUUUUUAAUAAUUUAUUUAUUAAUGACAUUCCAUUUAAUAUCUGCCCCCCCUCCCAAACUGGUAUGAUAGGGAGCUUAAGCAAUGACGACAUCAACAAGAACGGCGAAAAAGCAAUAAGUUUAGAUUGGCAAAACAACAAAUCUUCACCGUCAUGCAUCAUGCUUUUUUGUACAUUUUUUUGUUGUCGGUGCACGACCACGACGUGAAAAUGCCUAAUUUCAGAUUUUGUGGAAAACAUGAACACAAGACAACAACUUUUAAAUUUUUCUUUCCCUGAAUUUCGAUAGAGUUUUUUAGAAUUGAACUCCAGAAAAAAUUGUUAACAUUUGACAGACUGAACGAGAUGGAACAAGUGCAAUAAAGUUUGAAGCAGUGCAACUUCAUUUUUUAAGUGACGUUUUCAUAGCCAUCGAUUGUUGGUUAAGCUCCCUAUUAUCAUGAAGAGGACCUUUAGAAGGCAUUGCUUCUGGUUUAACUGUAACAAUUUUACUUUUUAAUCAACAGGGAACAGAGGGUGGAAAUGAAGAUGAGAGUCAAAUCACAAGAUGCUCAGUUACUGCGUUGGUGCUAGGUGUAUUUCCUGUGCUGUACUUCUUCACAUUCCUCUACUACACCGAUUCUGGUUCUGUGUUCUUUGUUCUCCUUACAUAUUACCUCAGCCUCCGUGGAAACCACUUUGCAGCAGCAUUAGCUGGCAGUGCAUCAAUAUUUUUACGUCAGACCAACGUAAUAUGGGUGAUUUUUACUGCAGGAGUAACAGCACUGAGGACUAUUCAACAAAGCAUGGACAAAACUGCAUUAGGAGAUUCCCCAGGCUUUUUGGUGGAACUGAAGGCAUACUGCAUAAUUUUUUGUAAACACUUCUUUGAGCUUUUUAAAUGCCUCUGGUCUUAUGGACUUGUUGUAGUUGGUUUUGCUGGAUUUGUUGUUUGGAAUGGGGGAAUAGUAGUUGGAGACAAAUCUCAACAUAAGGCAUGCUUGAAUUUUCCUCAGGUUUUUUAUCUGUCAUUUUUUACGUUAGCAUUUAGCAGUCCUUUGCUUCUUUUGCCUCAGGACAUCCUAAGCUACAUUAGAAGGUUAAUAAGUAUUCUAAGAAAACCACUGUUAUUCAUAGCACUUCUUUUAGUAACUACUUCCAUAAUGACUUUUACUGUCUAUAAAUUUACCUAUGUUCAUGAGUAUCUACUUGCCGAUAAUCGCCACUAUCCAUUUUAUGUUUGGAGGAAAGUUUAUGCAAGGCACCAGCUAGUGAAGUACCUCAUGAUACCCGCAUAUAUGUUUGCAGGAUUUUGUAUCCAUGAGAAAUUAACUCUUAAGCAGCAUAGGCUGUGGGUUAUAAUAUUUUACACCUGUGUUGCCAUAGUUACUGUCCCUCAAAAGCUAUUGGAGUUUCGCUAUUUCAUUAUUCCAUACAUCUUUUACCGUCUCCAUGUUCCACUUGUGUCAUAUGUAAGACUGCUGACAGAAUGCGUAUUGUAUGUCGCAGUAAAUGCAUUUACUAUAUAUCUGUUCUUAGAGAAACCAUUUAGCUGGUCUCAUAGCCCAGAAGAAGUUCAAAGGUUUAUGUGGUAA